GUUAUCUUUCAAUGAAUUUCGGAACACCCUGAUUAAUCUGCUCUAAUCCUGAUCUGAUAUUCUAAAUUCUUGAUGUUCUGAUAUUCUAAAAGAGAACGUGUGUAAUAUGUUUUCCUUCGCGAUUACAACACUACGAACUACGAGAGUCGAUUGUUUACAGUAGAAGAACUUGAGUUGCUUUUGGUGACAUAGAACGAAAACAAUUUCAAAAUGUUGAAUCUAAUUUUGAGGCAUCCUAUUAUUUCUAAAACUUUACUAACUCAAGUACGAUCUGUCCAUGGAAUCACACAAAAGUGUUUUAUAUGUGACAAGAAUAUAUUUUCAGCGGUAAUGACUGUUAGAUUAUUUCUAACGAGAUGCAUAAGAUUAUCUGCUGGAGCAGCACGACAAACAAGUUUCCUUAAAUCAAACAAAUUGAUACAAAAUUUAUUAAUACAACGUCGGCAAAUGUCACAAUUGGAUGUAAACACAAAUGUACGGAACAAUGUAAUUUUAUAUAAAUUUGAAGGGACAACAUAUUUCCGAAAUUUGAAAAUUUUUGGAGCUGUACAAUUAUUUUGUUGUUCAGUAUUGGGUUUUUAUAGUUAUACUCCAUCAUUUUGGGAUAUAUUCAGGGCUGAUGUAAACUUGAAAGAACAUUUUCUGAAUUACAUGUUUCGAUUUUGCAUAUUUCUUUUUGCAAUUAUGACAGGUCCUCUUACGUGUCUUUACAUUUAUGCUACGUGCGCUCGUAGCAUCAAAUACGUUAUUUUAAAUAAAGGUGGUGAAACACUUUCAAUUAUUACUUAUCAUAUGCAAAAGAAGAAAUCCAAAUUAAAUUUACCAGUAGGAAUGGUAAAGUGUACCGCAGACAGACGUAAUGGUAGAGGAACAUACCUACCACUUAAAAUAAAAAAUAGAUCUUUUUAUUACCUAGUUAAUAGAAGUGGCACUUUUGUAAAUUCAAAACUUUUUGAUCAUGCAACGGGAUAAUUAUUUAAUUUUAUGGAUAUGUGUAUUAUUACGAAUAUGUUCUUUUGCUGUAAUACAUUGUACAUAUUUAUUUAAAAAAUGUCAUUACCGUCAUAUA